AUGAAUGAUAGCGCGUCGAAGAGAACGAAAGUAGGCCUGAAAGAGCCCAUUGAUUCUGCAGCACGUCGCUACUAUGAGACUGCUUCCCGUUCAGUCAUGUCUCAGGACUCUCUAGUUGCAUCGCUUGAUGGGCUAGAAACCCUCCUGCUGCAAAGUCGGUAUCAUAUAAGCGUGGGACAAAUGGACACCGCGCGCUUGAUCUUUAAACGAGCUUCCCACAUAGCGCAUCUCAUGAAGGUACACCAGCAGGAUGAAUUAUUUGGCCCUCGAGCCGAGUCUCUUUUGUUCCAGAUCCUCUACAGUGAACGGUUCACGUCACUUAUGCUGGGACAGCCAUUCUCGGCUAUCGAUCAAACUUCUGCGGCACAGAAUGAAGUUUUGCAGAGCGUUACGCCACAAAUUCUGGAACGCAUCCAUGUUACAAUCUCUGAGCGCAUUAUUGCAAGAAAUCUACACAUUCAACAUGCUCACAGGCAUGGCAAUAUCCGCAAUGGUGGUGCCACUCAAGAUCAGGAAGAGAUAGAAAGCCUCGACCGUGAUUUGAAGAAUGCCGCGCGGGCACUUCCGACAACUUGGUGGAUUCCUCCCACCACUGAGGGUGCUGAAACAGAGGCAAGCAUAAUGGACAGAACUGCUAAGCUUCUGCUGCAAUCACAUCAAUACUAUCUUCUGAUCCUCGUGCAUCAGCCGUAUCUCCUUGGAGUUCUGCGUUGGAAUGCUUCCCAGACCCAACGGAAUUCUAUAGACCAGAUAUACAGCAAGAUGGCAAUCGUUUCUGCAAGCCGAGAAGUUCUUGCUCGCUAUCUCAUUCUCCGAAAACUCCACGAAUCGCCGUCCUACCGUGGCCUCGAUGACAAAGCUUUGACGGCUACAUUCGCACUUCUAUUAUCCCACCUCGAAGGGCACACUCUGGGGUCCGCAAAUCUCCUUGAACACCAAAGACCCCAAGAUCUCGGGAUCAUCGAUUGUGUGAUUGGCUGUAUUGACAAUCUUUCUCGUCGCAAUCAAGACUCUCAGGGGUCCGACCGUGCCAAGCUACUCAGGCGAUUUGUUGAGAUUGAGGCUGAUGCAGCUGAGGGUGACAAGUACAUACUCUGCAAUGACGCGGCGCCCGAUGAUACUCGAAUGAACCAUUCCGUGCGCGGACAGAGCCAUUUGGAAUUUGAUAUACCAUACUUUGGCACUAUGCAUAUCGUACAUCAGGCAUCGACCAGGUCCGACCGUGACGUCGAAUUUUCUACGAUUUCAAUGUCGAAUAUCGCACCAGAGUUAUAA